AGUUCACACAUAUAAACAUAAAUAUUAUGUGCUUCCAUUGUUUCAAUUGGUUCUUCCCCUUAUUAUUGUGGGCAAUAAUUUCUACUAAAUUGAGCAAUUGCACUCAACUGGAUCCAAAACAGACUCCGACGGCUCAAACAUUUCGUUAUCAAAAUAUCGAAAGGUGUGUGAAAAAUGAGUUCUACAAUUUGAACUACUUUGAGUGCUCGCCAUGUAAAAAUGAGGCUGGAGACGGAGGAGGACCUGAUGGAGGUCGAGGAACCAUCAACGAGUUGCAACCCACAGCGGAUAUAUUCGCCUGCCAGUGUCCUGUUGGCCACAUAUCCAUAUUUGAGAAAAUCAAACGUUGGCCGAUUUGUGAAGAGAUCUGCAACAAUUCAAAUACACCACAAAUUGAUAAUUGUACAACAGUUUUUCAAUCGCCUUUGCAAUGCAGUUUUCAAUAUUUAAAUACCUCAUCGGGUUAUCAACAAAGCGCUGCGAUUGUCUUAACUAAAACGAAUCCUGCCAGCAACAUCAGUGAUUGCCAUAAUUGUGAUCCGGCUUAUAAUUUCCGUUAUCAGGACUACUGCAUAGCCAAUACUUUAUUGCGUCCCUAUUUGCAUUAUAAUGCCUUUUGGCAAGCAACGAUUAAGUCGAACCAAAAUUCGAGAUUACAUUUUGGUGAUCUGAAGUUUGUGGCGUUCUUUUGCCUGGCCCUGAAGAACGACAGUGCCUGCCAACAGUUGGCGAAUCUGUGUGUGCUCUCCGAUUACUCGAUGGACAAGCAUUCGCCUUGUAGUCCCUUUCUGCUCACCCAGAUGUCGGAUGUGGUCAUGAAGUAUGCUCACGCCGGGGAACAGCUGAAGGCUCUCGAACCCUUUGUGUUUUACAAGAAGGGCAGAAUAACGAAGGAACUGUUGACGACCACACUUCAGUUGGCGAAUCCGGGGCAGUUGCAAAUCUUUAGCACUAACUAUGAUCUGGCGGGCAGCUUAAGCCGUUGGGGUCCCUUCAAUCUGCAGCAAUUAAAUCUAUGUCCAGGUGAAAAGGCGCCCAGUUUGAGCUUUGCUCAGCGACAGAAGGAGAUCAACUGCCAGCUGAGUCUGGAGCAGCUUAUAGAUGUGGCCAAUCAGCAGGCUAAUGACAACUACAUCAAUCUGUAUCUAAACUUUAGCAGCAACUAUCAGUUCCUGCUGCAUCAGUUGCCCGUGCUCAUCGAGACACUAACGCCUGAGAAUCAGCGUUCCCAAGAAGAGGAAUGGCAUCUGGUGAAGCGGUUUCAGCUCAUCGCAGCACAGCCGCGAGAUAACCGGCAGCACAAAACCCUGCCGAGCUACGUGGAUGCCCACAAGCUGGAGCUUUACAGAUCUCUGCGCUAUGUGGAUCAGGUGGAACUGCAUUAUAGCAUUCAGGCUGGAAAUCGCAUUGGAUUACCUCUUCUUAGACUACGAUAUCGGCACAUUGAGCUGGGUACUGGCAAUGCAUCCUUAAGUCAAGUUUAUCCCUUUCGUCUGCGGGUGCACUUUGAGCAUGUGCGUCAAGGAGUGGCUGCCAAGCUGGUGCUGGAGCUGGUGCUACCAUUGUUUUUAGUUUUGGCUUUGGUGGCCGCGGUGCUGCGGUUGCAGAAUCUCAGACGACGACGACGUGAGGAUCUAUGCCAGCUAAUUAAUCUGCUAGAGCUGCUCCUUCAACUGGCCGCCAAUGUGGCACUGGCACUGCUCGUUACAGCGCUGCUCCUGCUGACUCUGCAGGCAUUCGAUCUGCAACAGCUGUCGCUAAUCAUAUAUCCGGCCUGUCUGCUGCAAUUCGUCUUCCUGGCUGUUCAUCUGCGUCGCUGCAGCCAGCUGGAGCUGUUCCUCAUCGAUUGGGAGCGACCACGGAGCACAUGCGGUGAGGGCCAGCGCUUGAAUCUGGACAGCUCCUCGAUGUGCUCCAGCGUGCGCACCUAUGUCGCGGAGAGUAAUGUCUCCGCCUGGCGCGUACUUUUCACAGCCAAUGCUUGGAUCCGUUUGAGUGCUUCCCAAAGAUAUUCGAGUCUACUUCAAGCUUUUGUUGUCAUCGUCGCCCAUCAACUCCUUGAGCGUUACACGAGCAACGAUUUAAGCUUCAGCUCUUGCUUAAUCGCCGGAGUAUAUUUGGUUACCUAUAUCCUGCAAUUGCUGUUGCGUCGUCUUUUCCAAGCCAAUCCUCUGCAGAAAUUUGUUGAUCUCUGCAGUCUAGCGAAUAUAUCGUUGUUCUCCUUAUUGGAACCUGGCUUUGGUUACUAUAUACACGGACGUUCGCCGCAUGGCUUUGCAGACACGGACAUGUCCUCGAUGAUCCUCCAACUGCAGCGAGAGGCGCAGAAUAUGUGCGGACGCAGAGGAUUGCUUAUCGAUUCGGAUAAACAGGCCUAUAUUAUACUACCGCCUCGUAAUCUACGCAUCUAUUUGGAGCGCUUGCUAUUGCCUUUCCAGCGCAGCCGAAAUGGCAGCAUGUCCCAGACUCUCCUCUAUCAAAAGGAUCUGCAAAUCUCGAGUAUUGAUGGUCAGGUGGAGCGCACCUCCAUUGCCUAUGCCAGUGUCAAUCGUUUCUUUUGCGCAUUCAUUGAUCACGCCAUUAAGGAUAUGGAUUAUGUGAUUAAAGAGAAAUCUUUGCUAGAGAAACUCUUCAAUUGUGAGAUUGAAAACUAUUUGACAGAAAAUAAGGGCACCUUCUAUAUAGAUGAUGCCCUGAGCUUUAGUCGUGUGCUAUUGCUGGGCAAUCAUUUAAACAUCUUUGUGCUGGAACUGCUUGUGCUACUCUCAAUUAAUUUGCUAACUUCCAGUUUACUGUUGGCUGCCGCUGUGGCAUGCGCUUUGAAUAUGCUAUUGCGGCACAUCUUUCGUCUCUGGGUGCGUCGCAAUGUGUCGAAGAAGACAUUGAUUGAUGAACGGUUUUUACUGUAGCCUAGCGGUCACAUCGAAGAGCAAUAUAUGCGGGACGAUGGCUUCUUUGAUAUAUAAAAUUACACAUUGCUGAUAUUGCUCAGCUAUGCCCACAG